UCCAUUGCCUUGGCUAUCCACACUCCUCUCCCCAAUCGACUAGCUGCUGCUUCCGCCAUCCCCAUCAACUACUCCGUCUCCAUCAUCUCUCUCUCUCUCUCUCUCUACUUUCUAUCUCUAGAGCCCGAUCCUCUGCGGCCAUGGCUACAGUCCUCGACUCCGUCGUCGUUCCCCGAUCCUCCGCUCUCCCUUCUUCAGCCGCGCUCUCUCGGAUCCCGGCUCCCUCGUCGCUCUCGUCCUUGUCCGCCGGCGCUCGGUUGCCUCGCUACAGAGGCCUCAAGGUCGGAUCAGCUCUCCGAACUCGCUCCGUCGGAUCGCUGAGUUACGGUCCCGCUUCCGGACAAGCGAGCCGCCGUGGCGGGCUCGUCGUCUGCGAGGCUCAGGACACUGCCGUCGAAGUGCCUGCUGUUAGUGAUGCAACAUGGCAGUCACUUGUCCUAGAUUCUGAAUACCCUGUUUUGGUUGAAUUCUGGGCUCCGUGGUGUGGGCCUUGCCGUAUGAUCCACCCCAUAAUUGAUGAACUGGCAAAGCAAUAUGCUGGGAAGCUCAAAUGCUACAAAGUUAACACUGAUGAGAGUGCUUCAAUUGCAACCCGAUAUGGGAUUCGAAGCAUCCCAACUGUCAUCAUAUUCAAAGGUGGCGAGAAGAAAGAUGCCGUUAUUGGUGCUGUUCCAAAAUCUACAUUGACCACCAGCAUAGAGAAGUUCUUGUAGAGUGUGGUAAGUAUUAUUCACCUUGUUGGACCUAAGCUGUGCCUUGUAUCUGUUUCUUCUCUUUCUAGAUUAUGAUCUCUCAGAUUUCGGAGGCUUCUCUCCCAAAAUAAACUCACGUCUGCUCCUGUAUAGUUAGUUAUCUGGAUGAAGUUGUAACUAUUUUUUUUACUUUACGAGAAUGUUAGUGACUUAGUAAAUUAUUAUUAAUCGUAUGUGUGGGUUAUCUUAGACG